AUGCUUAAGUUGAACCCUUUGGGAACGGUAGUAUCGCUGCUACUCGGUACAUCUCUUGCAGCCGUUGACUACCCACCGAUCCCCAAAGACUUGACGACCCCUCAUCAGCAGCGCAUUGCGAUCUAUGGUCCCGAUGCUAUUGCUGUGGCCUGGAAUACCUACGUGAAACUGGACAGAAGUUGCGUCCAAUAUGGUAUCUCGAGGACUAAGCUAGACAAGGAGGCUUGCUCCUCUCUUUCAUCAACAUACUCAACAUCUCGGACCUACUCCAAUGCAGUUGUCCUGACGGGGCUAACCCCAGCAACUACGUAUUACUAUAAGAUUGUUUCCACCAACUCCACCGUGGAUCAAUUCUUCAGCCCUCGCCCCCCCGGUGAUACCACGCCGUUCAAUCUUGAUGUGGUAAUUGAUCUAGGUGUCUACGGUAAAGAUGGAUAUACCAUCACCGCCAACAAUGCCCCCAGGAGCAUCAUUCCGACCAUCGACCCAGAGCUGAACCACACCACAAUCGGCCGUCUAGCCGACACUGUUGAUGAUUACGAAUUCAUCAUUCAUCCCGGUGACUACGGAUACGCCGAUGAUUGGUACUUAAAGCCCAAGAACCUGUUUCACGGCAAGGACGCCUAUCAGGCCAUUCUGGAGCAGUUCUACGACCAACUUGCUCCAAUUAGCGGCCGCAAGCCAUACAUGGCCGGCCCCGGCAAUCACGAAGCCGCCUGCACCGAAAUCCCAUUCACGACUGGUCUCUGCCCCGAAGGUCAGCGUAACUUCACUGAGUUCAUGCAUCGCUUCGACGAGACCAUGCCAACGGCCUUUACAUCUGCAUCCAAAAACACAACUGCCCAAUCACUGGCCGAAAAGGCCAAGAGCCUCGCACAGCCCCCGUUUUGGUACUCAUUCGAAUAUGGAAUGGUGCACAUCAUCAUGAUCAACACGGAAACCGACUUCCCCUCUGCUCCAGACGGCCCAGACGGGUCAGCCAAGCUGGACAGCGGCCCCUUCGGCCGGUCCGGUCAACAGCUUGAAUUUCUCAAAGCCGACCUGGCUAGCGUCGACCGCACCGUGACUCCCUGGGUUAUCGUGGGAGGACAUAGACCGUGGUAUACGACCGGUACCGGCGCCUGCAAGCCUUGCCAGGAAGCCUUCGAAGAUCUGAUGUACAAAUAUGGUGUCGACUUGGGUGUCUUCGGACAUGUUCAUAACUCGCAACGUUUUUUGCCCGUGUACAAGAACACCGCAGAUGCCAAGGGCAUGAAUGAUCCGGCUGCUCCUAUGUACAUUGUUGCUGGUGGGGCUGGUAACAUUGAAGGGUUGAGCCCCGUCGGGUUGAAGCCAUCGUUCACGGAUUUUGUCUACGCGGACGAUUACAGUUAUGCUACGCUGAGGAUCCUGGACGCGAAUAAUUUGCAGGUGGACUUUAUCCAGUCUUCGACUGGGCAGGUUUUGGAUACCAGUAAGCUUUAUAAGAGUCAUACUGAACAGUUCGUUGUCCAGUGAGGUGCGCAUUGUAGGAGGUGUGGGUGGAUGUACGCGUUUUUGGGAUAAUAUGGCAUUGACUGCGGUCAAAAUAUGACACACACACACACACACUGUAGAGUGUUGUAUCGGUUGGAUGUGCAUAUGUAUGCUUAAUGUGAAUGUUUCUCUGGAUAUGUAUAUAUAUCAUCAAAUUAAUUAGACUACGGUAGAUGAAAUCAACAUGAAUAG